AAACGAUGCGCCUUUUGGUAGACUAGCUGGUAGUCAGGACAUCUUCUCAAGUGUAGGCAACACUAGCAAGUUGACGUUAACACACUACUUUUAAAGCUAGCUGUUGGAUAAUUAUAAAUCUAGUUUUAAAAAUAAUAUGCAGCAACGCGUGAGGUGAGACAAAACAAGCAUUCUGAAAACAUAAAAACCUAUGCUACCCGAGAGAUUGGUUGGCUGGAGUAUGUUGGAUGCUUGCUAAAUUAACCAAUCGUAACUUAAAUCUAACGUAAACCAAGCUAGUUCUAACGUUCAUAACGUUACACAAUCCGUCGUAGCUCUGCUGACUUUAGGUAGCAAGUUGUAAGUGCAUUUUCUACUGUGACCCUGGCGUUUCCUUCUGAUGUGUGUUACCUCCCGAAACAAGAAAAUGAGUUCAUUCACAAAAUCUUCGAAGACUUGGAAAUCCUUUUACAAAGAGACGCACAAAAUAGCGUGUUGAUAUUCCCUCCUUUACCGAGCCGACUUUGCGACCUGAUUCAGAAAACUAUCGAAAACUACUCAUCCCUGUGCACCUUUUCUGUGGGAGAGGGCCGGAGCCGUAGAAUGGUAGUUUGCCACUCUGAUCUAAGAAUAUCCUCAGAGGAUGAUGGUGAUGAAGGUGGUAGAAGGUACAAACAGCCCUUGGGACUGGUAACAGGGAAUCAAUAUUGGAAGGACAAGCACUACCCCAGGCCCAGGACUAUACAAAUGAACAGCAGAGACCAGAGAGAGCCAGACAAGGCCAUCUUCAGUCCUGGGGCCUUGUGGGAGAUGGACAGUGCCACACGUGCCAUAAGCAGUUUGAGCGUCUCGGAGGAGUCCUGCUCUGAUACCACAGAGGAGUCCCUCGCAGCCAAUCAGGACGCACAGUCUGACGGUUCAGAUCACGUGACCCGCGAGCACGAUGCGUUUGUGAACCUGGACAGGUCCGGUCUGGGACCCUGGCCUCCAUCUUGGGACCAGUCUGUUUCUUACUUCAAGGCCAUGUCCUGGGAUUACUCACCUGGAGAUGCCUGCGACAACACAGCCCUACCUGCCCCAGCACCACAAAUGAACGAAGAUUAUAUCAGUGAGAUAACCACCAAUCUUAAAGAGCAGGAUGUUGUGAUUCUGAGCGCCCGGAAUGACUACUCGUGCUAUGAGAACGUGCGGGUCGACGCUGAAGCCUUCGGCCACAUUCUGGAAAUACACAACAUCUCCCCCAUGUUCAGAACCGAGGAUCUGCUGGACGCCUUCGCAGGCUUCAGCGCGAGAGGUCUGGAGAUCCACUGGGUGGAUGGCACGCAUGCCCUGGCGGUUUUCUCUUGCAAGGCAGCAGCACUGCAGGCCCUUUCCAUAAAACACCCAUUGAUAAGAGCACGGAAGCUGUCCAGUGGAACAAAGAAAUCGAAAGGGAAAGCUCUGAGGCUUUCAGAGCUCCUCAGGCCUGUGAAUGAGGAGGCGCAAACUGACCCCAGGCCCGUGAACGAGGAAGCGCAAACUGACCCCAAAGCCUCCAAAGCGCUGGACCUCCACGUACAGCACUGCUGGUGUGUUUCUACUAAUUCAGGUUCAUAUUCACAAACAUCAAGGGCUGGCCAGUCAGCUGUGAUUGAAAUGAUGGUCCACCUGCAUUUCCUACCAUCUGUCACCAGGGGGCAGUGAGCGGCUAGUUAAAUUGUAUCUGCCCAUGCAAGUGUUAUACUAGUGCAAGUUCAACAUAUUGCAAAGAUUAGAUGGGGUAAUGUGAGUUUACACACCAGGAUAUUUGUUCUGGGUUAUAUUACCAGUUCCACUAAAAACCUUGUUCAGUAAGUCAUCAUAUUACAAAAGCAUUUACAAGUAAAUCCGUUUAGAUUAUUCUUUGUGGAUACUACCGUAAUCUUAAAACCCAACUCAUUUCAGUGCGGGUAGUAAAUUUUCAAUUGUUAGCACACAGUGAAACUUUCAGUGAGUAGCUAUUGAAUGUGACAUUCAGUAUUUUAAUGACCUCUAUCUAAGUGUGAGGUAGUUUUGCACUGGUGGCAUUUGAUCACAUGACAGAGUGUACCAUGUGUUGUAACAUAGUAGUUUGGCACAUGCCAUUAUUCAAAAUGACAAUGAAUCAUAUGAAUUUGGUAUUGUGAUUAUAUAAGAAAGUACUAGGUAGCUAAUUUAUUGCACAAGAGUUAAAUUAUAUUUUGGAGAAUUUUCAUUAUCUAUGCUUUACAUACAUUUACUUUUGAAAGGAUUGUGAGAAUGUUUUCUUUGAUAUGUUUAGAUUUUUAGUUUAUGCAUGUUUAUUUAGUUUCAACAUUUUUUCCAACAUACACGUUUCCUUCUAUAAGGGCUAAACAGAGGAAAAGUAAUUGUGGUUUUGUUUUUAUUUUCACCUUUUCAUGUCAUUCUUCAAGAUGCACAAAAAAUGUUGUAUAAGACCUGUUGUCUCUGUAACUAGUAAAUGUUUUUAUUUAGAGCUAUUUAAACUGAUAAAACGCUUAUUUUACAGCAACUUGUACCUGUUCCUGACAUAAAUAAUUUAUGGUUGUGAUGUUCUUGGCUAUCAGAAAUAAACAAUUUUUGAACAAUA